AUGUCCCGGCAGGGUGGGUGGGUGCCGGGAGAAAAGCGGCGCCGGGCCCGCCCCAAAGGGAGCCCCACGGUCCCCGGGCCGGUGGCCACGGCCAGGUUUGUCCAGUCCGGUCCCCAAGGGACCCCCGAGGUGGGGAUGCUGGCCCGGACCUGGCCAGGGCGGACUCCAGGCCCGGGCCUGGUGGGGCAGGGAAAGGGCAGCCCCGGGAAUAACGUGGCCGGGGAUAACGUGGCCGCGGCAGCCCGUGCUGCCCCCGAGCCUCCGGUGGGCUUCGGUCACCGCAGCCCCGCGGACAAGCCCCUGUUGGAGCAGAGAAGCCCCGGUAACCGGGAAGCUGCUUCCUCCCUGCCUCCCCGCCAUUUACCGGGUGGGGUGCGGGGGCAGGGUCCCCGGGAUAUCCGUUUCCGGCAGCCCCCCGAGAGCGAGGGCGUUGCCGGUCCGCAGGACCCCACUCCGCAGCCCUCCCUCCCCGGUUACCGAGACACCGUGCGUCCUCCGUCCCCCGUCCCCGUACCUUUGCGCGGGCAGGAGCAGCGCGGCAGCCCCGCGACGCUGAGGGGAGCUGAGCGGGCGGCACCGCCCGCUUCCCGCCCCCCCCACCCCCCGCCGCGCAUGCGCCGGGCACGGCGCGCCGCGGGUGACACGGCACGGCCCCGCUCGGUGCCCCGGGGCUGCGCUCCACCCGGACACAACCUCACGGGCAUCCCGCUCCUACGGACAGCGCUACUCUGUACCCGCGCUGCCCGGCCCGACGUCCCGGGGCUGAACACGGUUCCGCGCCAGCGCAGCGGGGCCGUGCUCCGCCCGCUGCUAACACCGCACUCUCGGGCGCCCGCCCGCCCGCCCGCCUCGGGACACCCCCGGGGCCCCGCAUGA